GUUGCGUCCCCGCUCCUGCUCCUCCUCCUCCAGUCCACCCCUGCCUGCCUGCCUGACGUCCACGCGACGUUCCUCGUGUCCCCGUCGCCUUCCUUGGGCUGGGUCCCGACUCCCGAGAUAUAGUUGCGGUGGGGUUUCCUUCUUUGAGAAAAUUCUGAACCAGAGGAGCCGCGCGGCGCGGGCGGACGGGCGGGCGGAGAGCCGGAGGCCCUUGCUGCUGGUGGUGAGCUCCUCUCUGCCUCCGCUUCGUUGGUUCCCAGGUUCUUGGGGACGAAACUCACAAGGUGGUUAUUUUUUAGUCUUGCUAACUUCUGUUGAGGGUUAAUAUGAGGGACAGUGAGUCAUCAGAUGAUGCACAAUUGGAUGAGCCCUUAGGGCGAGUGGCGAUACUCUCUUACGGUUCUGGGCAUAUGCUCAAUGACAUCACAUCAUCUUGUUGGUUUACCUAUUUGCUGGUGUUCUUGACGGAUUUGGGACUUAGUCCAGGCGAUGCUGCUACUGUCAUGCUUUCUGGACAAUUGGCGGAUGGCUUCACAACAAUCUUUGUUGGGGAAUUGAUGGAUCGCUUUGGGCAUUUCAAACUGUGGCAUGCAGGAGGAUCUAUUUUAGUGGCAAUUUCCUUCUCGUCUGUUUUUGGUAGCUGUGUUCCUUGCAAACUUAUGGGAACUAAUUCAUCUACUUUGGAGACUGUUGGAUACAGCACAUUUGCUGCUAUUUUUAAUGUUGGUUGGGCAGUUACUCAAGUCGCUCACAUGUCUAUGGUAAACUGCAUGUCAUCAAAUCCAACUAGCCGGGUUUCACUUGUAAGCUGUCGUAAUGCCUUCACGAUGGUUGCGAAUCUUAGCCUGUAUGGAAUUGCUUUGUUGAUAUUUACUCUUUUGCAGUCAGUGAACGUACUAGUUCAGUAUCGUUGGAUUGCUUAUGUGUCCAUUUCCCUUGGAUGUUGCUUUGUUGUCAUCUUCUUGGUUGGAACCAAAGAGCCUGGAUCAAUUCGGCACUGCAUGGAUAAGAGUCUUUCCAGAAUUUCAUGGGCCUACUGGUUCAAGAAAGUAUUGUACUACCAAGUUGCUCUAGUCUAUACUCUGACUAGAUUGGUGACCAAUGUUUCACAGGCAUUUCUCGCUUUCUAUGUAAUAAAUGAUUUAGAAAUGGAUCAAUACUCCAAAGCAUUGGUACCUGCUAUUAUCUACAUCUGCAGUUUGAUAGUAUCUGUAAUAUUACAGGAGACUAGAUGGUCAAGUUGGCGUCUUAAGCUUUACUUUUCAGCUGGAGCAGUGCUUUGGAUAUUGUCAGGUCUUGGAAUUGUUUUUCUACCGAGCAGAAUGCACAACCUCAUGUAUGCCAUUUCAACCAUAAUAGGAGCUGCAAAUGCACUUAUGACAGUGACAAGUAUUAGCAUGGAAGGUGUUUUAGUAGGAGAAGAUCUAAAUGGUUGUGCUUUUGUGUAUGGCUCAUUAAGUUUUGUUGACAAAGUUUCAUGUGGAGUAGCUCUGUAUGUUCUUGAGUCCUAUCAAGGAAGUACAAAGAUCAGAUCAAAUUUAGGAACAGUAUUUGGCUAUUCAGUUACAAGACUUGGGUUGGGCUUAGUUCCAGCUGUCUGUUCACUGCUUUCAGCAAUAGUAGCUUAUACCAUGGACCUCCCUGAUACUCGGCGGAGACCUUUGGUGGAGCCCCUUCUAGCUUAACUACGCUGGUGGCACUGUUACAGUUUCACCGUGAACAUUCACAGUAAUUGCUCGAUGGAAUGACACUGCUGCUGGAGCCUGAAGAUACUAACAAGAUUAUAGGCAAAGGAGGAAUCGGGUACAAGUCAAUUCGUUUUGACUUCAUAUAUAUAGUCUGUAUAAAUUAUUCACAGUAAUUCGUUUUGCAAUCCAAUGUAAAUAUAACUUAGCUUCAUUGUUGAGGACAACACGUCACUUGCAGCAAAACUGCCAACUAGGCACAUCCAACGGUUGGCAAGGAAAAGAAUGUCUCUGGUCCUUGUUUUAAAGGACUGUAAUUUCAUUUUAAAUGUUCUCAGCGUGUACAUAUAGCAUCAUGAUUCAAAAUAAACAAUUCAUAUUUAUAUUGAUGGAUGAAAUAAUGUCGCCUAUGCUCA